UGAACCCAAGAUGUAUGCAUUCGGGUUCCUGCGUGUCCAGACGUGGCUCUGCACGAAGGACGGCACCCGUGUUCACUUUAGAAGCGGUGCACGGAUAGGAUGGAAGGGCCCUGCUGCAGCCGGGCGGGGCCGGGCGCCGCUGCCUCCUCCCUCCCCCUCCGUGCCCCUUGUCGUGCGAGUGACAAGUCACGUGUCACUACACGCGUGUCAGCCCGCCCGCUCGCCAGCCCCCGCUCGCCCUCCCCGCGCUCCUCCGUCCUCACCCACCAUCCCAGGAGGCGGAAGAGCUCCGGCUGCGGCUGCGGCGGGGGCUGCAGGGCGCGGCACGAGGGGCAGAAGCGGGGCCAGGCCCAGGCGGAGGGCAGCGCCCGGCCGCAGCUCCAGCAGCAAGACCGGGGAGGCGCCGCCGAGCAGGAGGAGGAGGAGGAGGAGGAGGCCGAGGCCGGGGGGGGCCGGGGGAGCCCCCGCCGCGGACCCCGCCUCAGCAGCGCCCCCGCCCGUUGCAGCGGCCACAUCCCGUCCGGACUACGACUCCCGGCGGGCCCCGCGCGGCCCUUCGCCGCCCCCCAUUGGCCCAUGCGCGCGCGCGGGGCUGGCCGGGAGCGGAGGGGGCGGGGCCAGGAGAAAAAGGCGCCAAGAAGAAGCAGGAAGGCGCAGCAGCAGCAGCAGCAAGAGGGCGGCCUACCUCGCAGGGCGGGCGCAGCGCAGCAGGACCCCGGGCGGCCCGGCAUCCCCCCGGCCCGCCCCCAUGUCGCAGCCCUCCCAGUCGCAGCCGGGCUCCGGUGAUGCCGCCGCCGCCGCCGCCGCCUCCUCCUCCUCCUCCUCCUCCUCUUCCAGGGGGCCCACGCAGGGCUCCUCCAGCCAGUCCUCCGCCAGCAGCAGCUCCGGCACCACCCUCAGCUCGCUGGAGACGCUGCCCACCCAGGAGAUGCUGCCCCCCAUCUCCGAGGGCGAGGAGGAGGAGGAGGAGGAGCAGGAGGGGGGCCCGGGCCGGGGGGGGCCGGCCCAGCCCUGGGGGUGCCUCCUGGCCCUGGCCAGCCCCUUCCCCGACUGCGACUGUGUGAAGAACGAGUACUGGUUUGGGCGGGACCCCAGCUGCGACUACAGCUUUGCGAAGCUGGGUUUGGCGGAGACGGAGCUGUACAAGCAGUACAGCAAGAAGCACUUCCGUAUCUUCAGAGAGCAAGUGUUCGAAGGCUGCUACGUGGCCUGCAUUGAAGACACCAGCGCCAAUGGGACUUUCGUCAACUCUCAGCGCGUUGGGAAGGGCAGGAAGCUGCGCUUGGAGCAGCGUGCCAAAAUUGCGCUCUCUCUGCCACAUAACAAAGUGUUUGAAUUCUAUGAUCUCAUGGUGGACGAUCAUCAGUUGAAGUAUCCUAAGGAGCUCAGAGACAAAUAUGUCAUAUCAAAAACUUUGGGCAGUGGUGCCUGUGGAGAGGUGAAGCUGGCCCUUGAGAGGGCCACCUUGGAAAAAGUGGCCGUCAAGAUCAUCAACAAGCGGAGGUUUAUGGCAAAGGAUUUGCCAGAGCAGGACAAGCCUUUCAAUAUAGAGACAGAAGUGGAGAUUUUGAAAAAGAUCAACCACCCCUGCCUAAUUAAGAUCAUCGACUUCUUUGAGGGAGAAGACUUCUACAUUGUGUUGGAGCUGAUGAGAGGCGGGGAGCUGUUUGACAGGGUCCUGCCCCCAGCAGAGCUGGCUGAAGCCACCUGCAAGCUUUAUUUCUACCAGAUGCUGCUGGCUGUGCAGUACCUGCACAACAGUGGCAUCAUUCACCGAGAUCUGAAGCUGGAGAACGUGCUCUUAUCGUCUCAUGAGGAGGAGUGUCUGAUCAAGAUUACAGACUUUGGACAAUCCAAGAUCCUUGGAGAAACUUCUCUCAUGAAGACCUUAUGUGGCACACCUGACUACCUUGCUCCUGAAGUUCAGGAUUCUGCUCAGACCCUUGGAUACAGGCGAUCUGUGGACUGCUGGAGUUUAGGAGUGAUUCUCUUUAUGUGCCUCGUCGGACACCCACCCUUCGCCAAAAAUGCCCGUCUCUCCCUGAGAGAGCAGAUUGCCAGGGGAGAGUACUACUACUGCAAAGAGAGAUGGAAUCGCGUCUCGAAAGAAGCCUUUGACCUUGUGAAGAGGCUCCUGACGGUGGAUCCAGACAAGCGCCUGAAAAUAGAAGCGGCCUUGGAGCACCCCUGGCUUCAGGAUGAAAGUAUGAAGAGCACCUUCCAACAGUUAAUUGCCCCAACACAGGACUCUCUACCCACCCCAGGAGCACAGACUCGGGUAUCUAUAUUUCUCACGCCCCCCUCCACCAGCAGGAAGCGGCACUUGGAAGAGGAAGACCUGCCAGGGCCCUCCAAGCUGCUGAAAAGAGAGGAGAAAGAGGAGGAGGAGGAGGAGGAGGAGAAGAAGCAGCAGCCCUGAUCUGAAGAGUUCCUGGCUUCCUUUUGUAGACUUUUUAAAUACCGGUGAAUGUCUUGUCAACUGUUUUGGAAUACAAAUCAUGGUUUAAUAAUUUAAAAAGCCCUUUCUCAAAAAGCAGCAAUUGGAAGCUUCUCUCUGGGCAAGGGAAGGGGCAGGCGGGCUAGGGGCGCUUCUCUCCAGCUGCAGCAAGCCCCUUCCGGUCUCAAAAUUCUGAGAUUCCAAAAGCUUUGAACAGGGUUGCGGGAGAGGCUGCACCAUCUUGCUUGCUCUCCUGAUCCAGCACGAGUUCUUUCUCUGUGCCUCCUUGGGGAAGGAGUGAGGACGCUUCCGGAUUAGGGAGGGCCAGGGUCACCACAGAGAGUUGCCAUGGAGAGCAUGCUCAGUGUGCUCAAAUGAGGCUCCUUUCUGUUUUCUGCCCACAACCCCUGUCAACUUUUCAUUCCUUCUUAAAAUAUCGAAGCAAGGAAAUCCAAAUUCUGCAAAAAAGCAUCAGAUGAUGUUUUGCAUCAAAGUAACUGAAACUACAAUAGUGUAUUAAAAGGCAAAUGUGAAGUGCUGUGAAAUGCUUGGAGAGCUGGCAAGGAGAGAGCAUGCUCCGUUGAAGCCCGUGCCCCUACCCUGAAGGGCGAUCUGUCAGAGAAACUUUAUCUUGCACAGAGACAUUUUGAAUGCUGGCAUGAAGGGAGCAUGCUCCGUCUCUCCAGUUGUAGUCAGUACCUUUCUUUACUUUGCAUGGCACAAUGGUGAGUUGGUUUUAUUGAGUUAAAAUAUAACAGGAGAUUUUAACUUCUCA